UCAACUUCGUCUUCUCUUCACCUCGAGCACAGCCACCAAAGCAAUUCCAUUCCCAUUCCAGUCGUCACUGUCGCUGUUGCGCCUCCGUCACAGUCGAGUUGUACGUGUACGCGCACUCAGUCUUCGAACCGAAUAAUUGAAAGCCGAUCCGCCGUGCAGUGCGUCCCUGCGAGCACUUCCUCACGAACACCUCCACCGCCGCCCAAGAUGGUGGUCGACACCGCCUACUAUGACUUGCUCGGAGUCCAGCCGACUGCCACUGAGAUCGAGAUCAAGAAGGCCUACCGAAAAUUGGCCAUUCGACUCCAUCCAGACAAGAACCCCGAUGAUCCGACAGCGCACGAGAAGUUUCAGGCAGUUGGCGAGGCCUACCAAGUAUUGAGCGAUACCGAACUGCGGAAGAGAUAUGACCAGUAUGGCAAGGAGGGCGCCAAACCAGACUCCGGCUUCGAAGACCCCGCCGAAUUCUUCACCAUGAUCUUUGGCGGUGAAGCCUUCCAGGACUGGAUCGGCGAGAUCUCCAUGAUGAAGGAUCUCACCAAGAGCAUGGAGAUCUCUAUGAGAGAACAGGAGGAAGCCGAGGGUCAGGCUGCCGCCGCCGCCGCCGCCGCCGAUGCUGCUUCUGCCACGACUGAUGCCGCCGCCGCGAAGCAAGCAGAGGCCGCGAAAGAUGCGCAACCCGCAGCCGCUGCUCCUCCUCCAGCAUACGCCGAGACCGCCCCAGAAGGAACCCACGAGAUUCCCAUCCGCGACACCAAGCCUCCCUCAUACCCUGCCUCAUCAUCCGGUACAUCUACUCCACGACCGCAAGGCAUUCCAACUCGUCUGGCUCUGACCGACAAGACUGAGGAGGAGGCUGCUGCCACUGCGGCUGGCAUGACCGAGGAGGAGAGGAAGCUGCGAGAGAAGGAGAAGCGCAAAGGUGGUCUUACGAAGGAGCAGCGCGAAGAAUUGGCAGCUUUCGAGAUGGAGCGCAAGAAGAUCCGCGACGAGCGUGUCGAGACACUGGCCAACAAGCUCAUUGACCGAGUGAGCGUAUGGACCGAGACCGACAAGGGCCGCGCUGUGACCGAGGCCUUCAGGCAGAAGAUGAAGCUCGAGGCAGAGAAUCUCAAGAUGGAGUCUUUCGGCAUUGAGAUUCUGCAUGCAAUUGGUCAAACAUAUGUCACCAAGGCAUCCACCUAUAUCAAGUCGCAGAAGCCACUCAUCGGAGGUGUCAGUGGCUUCUUUAGCCGACUCAAGGACAAGGGCAACAUGGUGAAAGACACGUGGGGUACGGUGUCAAGUGCCAUCUCUGCUCAGAUGGAGAUUGAGGAAAUGGCGCGCGCCGAAGAAAAGGGUGGCGAUGACUGGACCGACGAAAGAAAGGCAGAGUAUGAGAAGCGCGUGACCGGCAAGAUUCUCGCCGCAGCAUGGCGCGGAAGCAAGUUUGAGAUCACUGGUGUGCUUAGGGACGUGUGCGAUAAGGUUCUCUACGACAAGCGCGUUAGGCCAGAGAAGCGGCUGGAGCGUGCCCAUGCGUUGCUCAUCAUCGGAGAGAUGUUUGCAAAGGCCGAACGUGAUCCAGAUGAAGAGGGCGAUUUUAUGGCCUUCGAACAGCUCAUGGCUGAAGCUACUGCGAAGCGUGAGAAGAAAGAGGACAAGAAGAGGGAGGAGAAGAAACACCGCUUCGGUCACAAGCACGACGAGAAGGAGGCCGCACCGGCAAGCUAGAAGCAACCGUCACUACCUCCCCGUCCUCACACGCCCAGUUCACAGACUUCACCAGCCGUCCCGCGAGAUGAAUUGCAGUUCGUCGCACCAAUCAUCGACGGGUCAUGCGACUCUCCAGCAGCACCGCAUCAGCCUUACGACUCCCCACCUCGACCUCUGCGAUCGCAUCCACCAACGGAGGACGGCGACUUGAGGACAGAAAAGCCGCCUCGUGUUCGGUCUGCUGGCGGUACUAUCCGCUUCGUACUUGACACUUCUAGCGAUGACGACAAGCCUGCAGUGCCGGAGAAGGAUACCUAGCACAUGUUCCUGCUGACGUUUUGCUGACCGCCCUGUCUGUCUACACGCCGACAAUCCGACACCCGAUCUUGUCCCGAAGCAUCAGGCACCAACGCGAAUUUGGAAUUGAAACUGGUUCCAAGACCGUCUCGACUGAGUCGGCUCGCUUGCGGUGUCGCCGAGAGCUGCCUGGUCUCCACGAACCUGGAGAAUUUUCUUCAUAGCCCGGAGAUCUGUGUACUCGGCUUUUUCUUCGCCUGACACCUCGACAGUGUAAUCGUUUCGCACCGGAUUCGCUAGCCUUACGACCAACGCUGGCACGGAUGGGGAGCAGCAGCUCGUCUUUUCGUACUCGCUGCGCGCGUCAUCACUACCUGCCGAGAUCGCUCGACGUCACGUCGUCUGGUCGAUACGAAGCGGUGUCACUCAGGCCGUCGUUACGAUGAGCCUGGGCAGCUCGUACAAUACGAGUAGACAGGCUCGUGAUGAUGUGAAGCGUUCAGCACCAAAUAUAGUAGCAUUGAAUAGUAGCAUCACGUCCGAAAUUCAGGCUUCAUGAUCCAUC